CGCCCGCGGGGCCGCGGCCCGGCGCGGAGGCGGGGUGGCCGCGGGGGCAGGCGGCGGGGCGGGCUCCUUCUUUGGCCAUGAGCGAGGUGCCGGCAUUCGGCCGCCGCCGCCGCCUGCGGGACGCAGGGAGGGAGCGGCCGCAGCGAGGAUCCGCCGCCGGCAACGGGCGGGUGCUAUGGCCCAGGCCAGGAUCAGCGCCAAGGCCAGCGAGGGGGCGCAGCAGCAGCCGCAGCCGCAGCCGCAGCAGUCCGGCGGGCAGCUCCGAGGCCGCUUCUACCGCUCCACCUCCAUGGCGGACCGCUCCAGCCGCCUGCUCGAGAACCUGGACCAGCUGGAGCUCAGGGUAGAGGCUUUCCGUGACGCAGCAUCUGCUAUGGAACAGGAGAAAGAAAUCCUGCUAGAAAUGAUCCACAAUAUACAGAACAGCCAGGAUAUGAGGCACAUCAGUGAAGGUGAGAGAGAAGAACUUAAUUUGACUGCUAAUCGUCUGAUGGGCCGCACCCUCACUGUGGAGGUUUCUGUAGAAACCAUCCGAAAUGCCCAGCAGCAGGAAUCCCUGCUGCAUGCCACGAAGAUGAUUGAUGAAAUCGUCAAUAAACUUCUAGAUGAUUUGGAAGACGCAAAAAUCCGCUUAAUGUCACUUUACGGUGCGUGCACAUCUGAUGUGCCAGCGGGACCCAUCGAUCAGAAAUUUCAGUCUGUCGUAAUUGGAUGUGCCAUUGAGGAUCAGAAGAAAAUCAAAAGGCGGCUAGAGACUGUGCUCAGAAACUUAGAGAAUUCGGAAAAGUCAAUCACGUUGUUGGAGCAUCAGAAGACAUCUGUUCGACAAUCUUGCAACAGCAAACAGGAUUAAACUAUGCUCCUGGCUACUUCUGGCACAUCGCAGGAUGAGCAAUCUCCAUAAAAAGCACACAGAAGCUAAGAAAAAAAUUCUCUGUACAAGCACACACGUAUAUACGCAUGCACAUGCACCAAAGUACCUUUGAUUGCGAGGAGUGAGCAUUUAAUGGGUUUUGGUAGCAUUGGCAUUUUCUUUUGGCAAUAAAGGAUGCUAUCAGUUCUCCUGUAGAGUCGAUACUGCUCUAUUGCAAAUUGUAAUUGUGCUUCUGCUGAACUGUCAGAAACCAUCAAAAUCUAGCCUUUCCUCCAUUCUCCUGUUUUUCUUUUUUUAAAACUAAAGCUGUUUUGUCAUAUUGUGAGAUAUCAGCUUUUCUCUGCUGUAUACAUAGUGUAUGAACCAGACUUUUGGGGACAAAAGACAAAUCAUGGCAAUAAAAGACAUUAAUAAACUGUAUAUGGUAUUUUCAUAAACAA